UUUUCUUCAAGGAAAACCUGACAGAAUCUGUUAUUUUGGUUUACCGCAUCGCGCGCUUGCCAAAAGUGCAACAUAUUAAAACCCGAAGAUGCCCGAAAAUCAUUUCUUAUGGCUUUUGGCUUUGAGCACGAUUUCCAUAACCUUACUAAACACUAAAGUGAGUCUGGCCGUUGAUGGUGUGGUAAACUUGCGUGAUGACGUUCAGCUUGUCGGCGAGCCAUUUGCAUCGGACAAAUAUCCAGGGAGCACCGGCUACGCAUACUACGGAAUUCGGUAUGGAACAGGCAAACGAUUUGAGGCUUCGGUGGAGAACACUGAUUUCACAUAUUUGAAAAAUACCACCCGACAAAAACAGGGAAAUGUUUGCCCGCAGGGAUUUCUUAAUGGCUUGCCGCCGGUAACCAACACAGUUUUCGAUGAAGACUGUUUGUACAUGGACGUCUAUGUCCCGCCACGAGCUGCAGCAGCCAGUUCCUCGGGGACGUUUCCCGCGAUGUUGUGGAUUCAUGGUGGAGGAUUCCAAGUUGGCACCAAAGACCAAUACAAUUCAACGUCGUUAGCCGAUGACAUCGGUGCAAUCAUUGUUACGAUUAAUUACCGGCUGGCUGCAUACGGGUUUCUGAGCACCGGGGAUGAUUCUGCCCGAGGCGACUAUGGGAUCGGAGAUUGUAGAGUGGCUAUAAAAUUCGCCCACAAGUACAUCGAGAAGUUCGGCGGCAACGCAAACGCUUUUCAAUUUUCGGACAAAGUGGCGGCGGUGGCUUGGUCUCGGUGGCUCUGCUCGAUCCUGUUAUUCGCGGCAUGACGUACGCAGCUAUAGCAUUCAGCGGCAGCGUGCUGGUGGAUCCGACGGUGGCCUACAUUCGUGAUCCGAUGACCAACGCGAAGAAAGUCGCUACGACUGCGGGAUGUCCCACGGAUACAUCGGCUGCGAUGAUCAGCUGCCUGAAAGCGCUACCGCAGGAUCAGUUCCAGAAGGCCCAGCUGACAGUCGUCCAGAUUCCGAUUAAUGCGGCCUUCGCUUUCGUUAUUGAUCACGAUAACUUACCAGACUUGCCGCUGCGUGCGCUGCAACAAACGCUGGACAGUGGAUACACCGGUCCCAACGUCAUCACCAGUUAUCUUCGCGAAGAUGCCGCUUUGACCUUAACCUUGUCGGUGCCCGACGUGAUUAGUGCAGAUCCGCUGUCCAUGAAUGCCAUCCGUGACGUGAUUGCCAAAUAUCUGCUGCCACGCGACGGAAGACCGUUGUGUCCUGUACCGGACACUGCCCUGGCCGAUCGUGUUAUGCAGCACUAUAAUCUGUCAGCCGCGGACAGUCGCAAUGAUACUCUGACCAAAUUUUACCACCUGGCUUCCGAUGCUAUACAAGGCUACCCAGCGGCUAAGGAAGCGUUGAUAUACGCCAAACAUGCCGGGCCAUCAGGACCGUCAGUGCAGAUUAUUCGGACCAUAUACGAUUCGCAUUACAACGGAUGGGGGGCAUUUCACGCACUGGAGCUGGCCUAUAUUUUCGGACAAUGGCAGCUCUUUCCUGGUGAAGUAUAUGAUCCUCGCGUGACUGUUAGUUAUCGGAACAUGCUCAGACAAGUGACUCACAACGGACGAAUGGACGGCCCCGCUUUCCUGCAGAGCAACGGCGCUUACGGAGUCAACGAGUUAGGCCUGGAUGCACAGUGGUCAGCCAGCACGUAUGACCUUGCGGGAAUGCUAAAUUAUUGGCAAGGUAUAGCCAAUCAGCCGUGUCCGGGAGCGUAUACUGCUUAUUAAAGCGCAAUGGUGAAUUAAGACCUGUGUCAAAAGAUUUUUUGGAUCUUGGAUAAGUGUUUGGAUUUUGUGUUGUUUGGGACAUGCAGCAGUGUUGGGAUGGUAUAUCCCAUAUUGUUUAUAAUACUUGGUGCUUUAAACAUCAAAAGUUACAGUGAUGUCAAUUGUAUCUGUAUGUACACUCCUCUGACAGAGUGGCG